AUUGGUUGUCUCCUCCUCUUCCACCAUCUCGCAUAGAAACACCGAUCCAGACCAUGCAGUAAACCGGGCGUUUGUGCUGCACUGACACCUUUUAUACUCGCCGUGUGCCGCAGAAUACUCACCAUGGAGGCGGUAAAAGCUUUUAACAGCGAGCUGUACUCAUUGAAUGAAUAUAAACCACCUAUUUCCAAAGCCAAAAUGACUCAGAUAACUAAAGCUGCAAUUAAAGCUAUAAAGUUUUACAAGCAUGUUGUACAGAGUGUGGAAAAAUUCAUUCAGAAAUGCAAACCAGAAUACAAAGUUCCUGGACUGUAUGUUAUUGACUCCAUUGUACGUCAGUCACGACAUCAGUUUGGUCAAGAAAAGGAUGUGUUUGCACCACGGUUCAGCAAAAACAUAAUCAACACUUUUCAGAACCUGUACAGAUGCCCUUCUGAUGAUAAGAGCAAAAUUGUCCGGGUUUUAAACUUGUGGCAGAAGAAUAGUGUUUUUAAGAGUGACAUCAUACAGCCCUUAUUGGAUAUGGCAGCUGGCAUACUACCUCCCAGCAUAACCUCUGCUCAUGCCAGUACAACUGCCACAGUCAGUAACAAUACACCUGGAACUCCUGUAACCCCUGCCACACCAGCAAACAUUGUUCAAGGCAUUCCUGAUUCCUGGACAUCACAGCUUUCCAACACAGAUACAAUUGCUGCUGUUGCUCAACUUCUGCAGAGUCCUCAGGGACAGCAGCUUCAACAAUUAGUGCAAACUUUACAGAUGCAGCAACAGAAGCCACAGCCUUCAUUACUUCAGGCCUUGGAUGCAGGACUUGUCGUUCAAUUGCAGGCACUCACAGCUCAGCUCACUGCUGCCGCUGCAGCAGCAAACACAUUGAAUCCCCUGGAGCAAAGAGUUUCUUUUAACAAGAAGUUAUUGGAACAGUUUGACUUUGGGGAGGACUCUGAACAUGUUGAUGAAUCAAAAAAGGAUAUAUCCUCUACUCAGCUGCCUGUUGUAGCAGAAUCCAUCAACAGUUCAAUAUUCCAUCAACUGGCUGAACACCUGCAGCAGCAAAACCUGGAGCAAUUUCAGAAGCAACUAAUGGAACAACAAGAUCAACAACCUCAGAAGACUUCACUUGAGACUCAAGAAGGGAUGUUUGGGUCAGAAAACUCUGCAACACCGUCACAAGAUGAUAGUCAGACUCAGCUUCAAGAUCCUGAUAACAAAUUGGAUGAUUCCCUUGACAAUCAGCAGCAGGAAGCCGUGGUUGCCUGUGGGACUGCUAACACUGUAUAUGGCAAAGUGGAGGGAUGGCUGCAGGACAUGGAAAUCGAUGAAGCACAAGAUAUAGUUGAUGAGGACAUUUUUGAACCUGAGGAAAAGAAAGUUAUUGAAUCACGGUCUAGGACACGCUCUAAAUCUCGGUCUAGAUCACCAAGGAAAAGAAGGUCACGGUCUCGGUCUGGCUCACGAAAACGAAAGCAUCGGAAACGUUCAAGGUCAAGAUCAAGAGAGAGAAAAAGAAAAUCUUCUAGAUCAUAUUCAAGCGAGAGGAGAGCACGAGAAAGAGAGAAAGAACGACAGAAAAAGGGACUGCCUCCAAUACGAUCAAAAACACUUAGUGUGUGUAGUACUACACUGUGGGUCGGUCAGGUGGACAAGAAAGCCACUCAGCAAGAUUUAACCAACUUGUUUGAAGAAUUUGGACAAAUUGAAUCAAUAAAUAUGAUUCCUCCCAGAGGAUGUGCGUACAUAUGCAUGGUUCACAGACAAGAUGCUUUUCGAGCCAGACAGAAGCUUAGCACAGGAAAUUACAAAAUUGGUUCCAAAGUCAUAAAGAUUGCAUGGGCACUUAACAAAGGAGUAAAGCAGGAGUAUAAACAAUUUUGGGACGUUGAUCUUGGAGUAACAUAUAUACCUUGGGAGAAAGUCAAAGUGGAUGACCUUGAUGGUUUUGCUGAGGGAGGAAUUAUUGACCAAGAGACAGUGAACAAUGAGUGGGAAGCAGUAAAAAGUUGUGAGCCAGCAAAGGAAAAUACCAGCCAGACUGUGACCACAGAAACUACCACUCUCACCACCACCCAAGCAGAAAUCUUCACUCAGCCAGUUGCUAUGUUACCUGUUCAGAUUCCUGUUGCCCAAGGUGUUCCAUCUGUCAGUUUAGUACCACCAGCUUUCCCUGUGACAAUGACUCUUCCACCACCGGGAUAUGGCCCUCCUCCACCUCCAUUUUUACGGCCAGGUUUCAAUGCAUCACAGCCUCCUCCUGGUUUUAUGCCGCCCCCUGUAGUCCCUCAGACUUCUAUUGCCCAUGUACCAUCAUUAGGCCAGCCUCCAGUUUCUACAUCUCAGGAGACUGUAAAGGAUUCUUCUUAUGGAGGUUUUAUGCCACCGACAAGCACUAUUCAUGGCUCUUUCUCAUCUGCUGGUUUGAGUGGAAUCUAUAAUCCUGUUUCUGCACAGAGCAGCAUCAGUGAAUCAGAUGACAAAGAACUGCAAGUUUCAGAGAACCGAGCAACUUCUACAGAUAACAAAACAGGACUAGGAGUCCACAGUGAUACACGUCCAAGUUCAGUCAGUCUCCUUGGAAUGCCCCCAGCGGUGUCUUUAUCUCAAAAUAUACAUCAUUCAAGUAUUCCAGCCCCAAGGAUACCUGGAUUAUUACCUUUAGACAUUCGACCAGGGAUGAUGCCACCACCUGGUGGUCCAAGGUUUCCACUUAUGAUGCAGCCUGGAAUGCCUCCUCCACCUCCUGGCAUCCCUCCACCAACUGGCAUUCCACCACAAGUUGGACUGCCUCCGCAAGUUGGAAUGCUUCCCCAGGCUGGAAUGCCUCCACCUACUGGUGUACCUCCUCAGGUUGGAAUGCCACCACAGAUUGGUUUGCCACCACAAACAGGAAUGCCCCAUCAACAUGGAAUUCCCCAUCAUUCUGGCUUGCAUUUACAACCAGGAAUGCCCCCACCAGGACGUAUGCCUCCUCAUCCUGGAUUACCCCAUCCACCAAAUUUGCCCCCUCCAGGAGUACUUGACCCAAUGUCAGCUAGACAUCGAGGGCCGUUUCCACCAGUUGACCAUUUUAGCAGGCCAGAAGGACAUUUUGGUAGACCCAAUAAUCCAUCUGGUAACAGUGUAUCAAAACAUAAUGAUACAGCAUCAGCUGGUAAUGACAAUAUCCAACAAGAAGGCGAUAAAGAUUAUCGCUUUCCCCCUGUGGAAAAACGUGAUGGUUUGCUUAGACAACCUAUUGAAAACAGGGACAGUGUUGUAAGGCCACAUUCUGUGAUGGAUGGAAGGGAUGGACAGAGAGGUCUUGCUGGAGAUGGAAGCAGAAGGGAACCUUUAAGUGGUUUUAGAUCAGAAAGCCGAUGGGGCCCUCCCCGAGGGGACUUCGAUGAACGUGAACACAGAGGGAUCUCAUUUACUGGCCCUAAAUCAUAUAGUGAUGAACGAACUGGUUCUGGAAAUUUCCGAUUUGAUGAACGUGUUGGGCCAACAUGGAGCCGAGGAUUUGAGACAGACAUUCACCAAGAUUUUGAUGACCGUCGACCUUCUUGGGAACGACAGCGAGAUCGGGAUGAUAGAGAUUUUGAUUUCCGUAAAGAAAUGAAUGGAAACCGCUUUGGAUGUGAGCAAGAGCGUGAACCAUGGUCUGCUUCUGCUCCUCAUUCACAAGCGUUUAAGUAUUAUGAAAGUGAAAGUAACAACCAAAAGAAGGAUGAGUCAUCUCAGGUGAAUGGUGAUAAAACAGACAAUGAAACCCAACCAGAACAAGAUAAAAUGCACCCUGAACUUUCAAAGCAGCAAGUUUCCCCUAAGGAAUCGGGCAAUGAAAAGAACGAGCCGAAGGACAGCGUUGAAAAACAGCCAGUGGUAGAGAAAACAGAAACUGAGGGAACAUAAUCAUCACUCAGUAGGUAAAAGAUAAUUUUGUAAAGUUGUCAUCUCUCUGUAUUAGGUAAAUGGCUGACUGGACCUUUUAGUUAUUCACUUUCUUGUCUGCCACAGAACUUAACAAUUUGUUCAUCUUUUUCAUAAUGGUGUACAACUGACUUGUAUAGAAUGCUCUUUAGUUGAAAGAAAUGGUAGGUAAUUAUUUUUUUUAUUCUUAAAACAGAAGCCACCCCAUUUUACUUAAAUUCUUCUUUAAGCUUGCCAAACAUUUUAAUUGAAAAAGAUUGACCUUCCUAUGGAAGAUUGAAUGAUCCUGGCUGUUUCCAUGGGUUAAACCGUUAAUGUUGUAAUACUUGAAAACACCAGGUGCUGGCCUGUAUUGUCCGUCUUUUAAAUGCUGCUUCAAAAAUUUUAAAUGCUUAGGUUUGUAUUUUAUUGCUCUACUUUUUAAGCACACAUAAAUUGCCCUGGUACAGUAUUGAGGUGUUCAAAAAAUUGUUAAGAUCUGUGUAAAAAGAGGAAAAAAAUAAUAUAAUCUGUGUUAACCCCCAAAAUGUUUGUGAUUUGUUCUCGUACUGCAGUGAGUAAAUGAUUUAUAUAUUAAAAAGAAAAAAGAUCCAGUGAAUGUUGGGUGCACUCUGUUUUUAGUUGCUAAUAAACAUUAUUUGUUUGGUAA